AUGCAAGAGAUGGAAACUAUCAUCUCCCCUGAGGACGUCCUGCGACCACAUGCCUACGUCGAAGUGACUUCCUCGACGCGAGAGGAACAGCUCGAAGAUGGCGUGCCCAUUGACAUCGAGCCGAGUGGUCUUGGGGAAUCAAGCAUCAUCGAGGUCAACCACGCGUCUUUCCUAGAUGCGUUUGUGCGCAACUACACCCAGCAGCCCGGUAACUUCAUGGACCUUGCCUUGAAGGACAGGCACGUCUACCGUCACGAUCCUCUCCUGUCUGUCUUCUCAUGGGAGCCUAUCACCGCCUUCAUGUCCUCGAGAGCCGGUCAGCUCAUCGCUCUGCUCGUGGCCGUGCCUUGGCUGGUGGUGAGGAUAUACGAGGUCGCAGCUCUCCGGCAGCAAGACUUCUUCUUCCCAGCCAUCAGCUCGGUGCAUGUCAUCCUAGAGCCGCACGCCAUACCCAGCAACGUGUCGUGCGGCUGGGAUGCGCGUCUGGAGCUGCUGAGCUGGUUCUUCCCUCCGCUUGCUCUGCUGAUGGCGGGGAUCGGAGCAGCCUUGAACAGAGUGCGGUGGGUGAACAAGAUCUUUGUUUUCUUCGGAGCGCUCGACGCGGCCUGCAACAUGCUGAUAUUCCUUCGGCUGGAGGUACGGGGCGAUUACCACAAGACGAUGCUUGGGACACCUUCGUUUCUGUUUCUGCUCGUCGCGGUCAAGGACGUGCUUCUGUUCCCCGGGCCGCUCCUGUACAGCGAGUCGUCGGCGAUCGAGCUGGGGCUGCUCUCGAACGUGGUGUACGCGUGUGCAGCAGGGGCGUGGUUGGUGUCGUAUCAGAGCAUCAUCGUGAUCAUCGUGCUGAGCAUGGUCUUGAUGCUGCGACGGGCGCUGGUGUACCGGGGGGAGCGGAUGAUCGCGGGGGAUCGGGCGGCGUUUUGUAGGGAGUGGGAAGGGCUGGCAGACAGGAGCAAGGAGGCGAUCCAGCACCUGUCGGAGCAAGUCAGGGAGUAUGCAGCAUCUAGGCCCGAGUCUCCUUUAAGUGCAGACGAGACGGCAGGAGACGCUGAGGCGAGGUCGAGCCUGAGGCAGCUGCACACGCUCUACGGGAGAGGUCGAAGCCUCACAGAGACGGUACAAAAGGGGACGUUUGUGGUAGAGCAGCGAUCGGCCGCGGGGCCGGUCAACAGCCUGGACCAGCUGUACGCGCACGCGGUGCUGAUAGAGCCCAUCUUCAGGGAGAAGGCGCUGGGGCUUGCGGCGGAGGCCAAGGGGAUGAUCCCGCUACGGCUGAGCGCGGAUGACAAGAGAGAGUACGUGCGGCUGGAGGACAUCCGGGGGGACGUGAGCUUGAUGAGACACGUGGAAUGGCCUAGAAUCAAGAACGUCGACCGCGCCAUCGACAAGAUCCUCCGCCUGUGCGAUGGGCAGACGUCGAGGCUGCUGGACGUGGUGCGGCAGUGCAUCGUCUUCGAGCAGCUCGAGGACCUGUGCGAGUGUCUGGAGCGGAUCCUGGGAGACCCCGAGAUCGUGGUGAUGAGGAUCAAGAACAGGCUGGACCCGAGCUUCGACGCGCGGACGACGGGGGGGUACAGGGACGUACUUUUGAACCUACGGGUGGUGACGGAGAGGACGAGGGAGCUGGGGGUAGCGGGGCACGUGUGCGAGCUGCGGCUGGGGGUGAUGGGGAUGCAUGUGCUAUCGACACGGGAGCGGCGGCUGCGGUACCGAGGGGUGAAGCAGGUACUGAGGUACGAGAGGGCAUGGUGGGCAAAGCGUGGUACUUGGUCAAUGUCGGAGCUGGUAGAGAAAACGAAAAUUUCGUCAAUCCAAGUCAGCAUGAGCCAAGUGUCUGCGUCGUUUGUUUGGAGUCAAGAAGAGACAAUACAGUCUCGAUGGAUGAUGCAGAUGUAUGAAGCUUUCGAUGGAUGCACACAGAGCUCUUUCAUGAAGUACAAGGGCAAGUACCCGGGGGGUAUCAUGGACGAGAAGCUACGAAACAUCGUCACCGGGAUACAGAAUACCAUGACCUCGAGCGUCAUCUUCUCCUCUAGACCUGUCACCAAUGGCCUGCAAAUGUUGACGACGCAGGUCGUGCUUCUUGCCGUCGCAGCGUUCCUGACGUACAUGUACUCCCAAUCUUCUGAUCUCAGCGGAUUCCUGCAAAACAAAGCUACUUCCGUCUAUGUCGCAAGAUUGCACAUACAAGAAUACCGCGAUCAAGCUCCUCGCGCCUCCAUUCCCAGCGCCUCCGUCUCCAACUUCUCUCUCAUGCUUGACAGCUGCAACCAGCGAUCUCCGGCGUCCACCAAGACGGUGAACAACACGCUCUACUUCUUCUUCGCUCCGCCGGCGGAGGCCAACGGCUGGCACUUCAGCCUCAACCCUGACAACCAGCUGGCGGGCUACGACCCGAUCGCCUUCAACCUCUCGAUACUGGAGCGGCCGGUGGGGAGCGGGGAGGAAGUAGAGAGUGUGUCGGGGAAGGCGUGGAAGGACUGGACGAGCUUCUCGUGCAGAGAGAGGCCGGGGAUGGGAGUGUGCAAGGAGGGCGAGGCGUACAGGGGGGCUCGGAUGAGUUUCAGCGUUCAGUUUCUACUACCGAAGAUAAUUGCAACGAUCUUCUCCUUUGUUCAGCCUCUUGUAUGCGUCUUGGCGGUAGUGACGGCAAGGCUAGGGUAUCGACGGGUACCGAAGACGAUGUUCGCGUCCAUGUUUCACGUCAUUGGUGUGCUCGAAAUGUGCUUUUUCGUUGCUAGGGAUGACACCACUGGAACUGCGUUGCUUUGGGGCAUUGGGGACUUUUCUUUCGGGAUGGUGAUCGAGUUUCGAGAGCAGUACACAAUGGCUAUGCUGCCCUUCUACUGCAUCUUCACCUCCAUUGGUGGCACCGCGUUCUAUACUCAAGGCUUUAGAACGGCUCCUACCGUAAAUUACUUCGGGUACAGUAACUACUUGCUACUUGCAGGAUGGUUGUACUUCACCGUAGGUAGAGGAUUGCUCGUCCGAAAGGCCUUCAACAACGUCAAGUCGGAGCUUCUCAAGUACAACGACCUCUGGCAGUCUCUCUCUUCCUCUCAAAACAGCCGCCUGACCCUGGAGCGCAUCGGCCAGCUGGUCUCGCAGGUCCAAGUCCCGACCACGCUGGUUCAGAGCCGCGUGCAUGACCCCGACAGCCCGCUAGAGUCGUCGUCGAGCCCGCUGGAGUGGAUGCUGAGGAGGAGCCAGGGCGGGUCCUCCUCGCUGCGUGUGCCGAGCAAGAGCGUGUGGCCGCUGAGCAAGGACCCGCGGGUGGUGUCGCUAGACCAGCUGUACGCGCAGGCGGUGUUUGCCGACCCGAUCUUCCGGAAGAAGGUACAGGAGCUGGCGGAGGAGUCGAGGGGCUUGUUCCCGGCUCUGCCUUCAGGUAGCGAAGAGUCGGUGGAGUGUAUCGGGUGGAGGGAGGCGAAGGAGGACGAGGAGCUUCAGCAGCGGAUCCGAUGGGCGCCGAUGAAGAGCGUGGAUCGGGCGGUGGAGAAGCUCGUGCGAUCCUACAACAACGACGUGUCGAGGCUGCUGGACGUGGUGCGGCAGUGCAUCGUCUUCGAGCAGCUCGAGGACCUGUGCGAGUGUCUGGAGCGGAUCCUGGGAGACCCCGAGAUCGUGGUGAUGAGGAUCAAGAACAGGCUGGACCCGAGCUUCGACGCGCGGACGACGGGGGGGUACAGGGACGUACUUUUGAACCUACGGGUGGUGACGGAGAGGACGAGGGAGCUGGGGGUAGCGGGGCACGUGUGCGAGCUGCAGCUUCUGGUGAAGGGGUUUAUGGAUCUGAGGACGACGGAGGGGCACAAGAGGUAUGUAGCGUAUAGGAACCUGAGAUGUGAGUAA